AAUACCAUUUUACUUGUAAAACAAUCUGCAGCAAUAGAACAUUAUUUCCAAGAAACUAUAUAUUCUAUAUAUAAGAUGAUUCAACUUAGGUUGCAGCCAAGCUCUGUUGUAUUAAUGAAAUACAUAAUUUUUAUUGCACGCUUGUUGCAGUUUACAUGGGAUUACCUUCUUCUCCAAUCCUUCUUUCGGCCUCAAGAAAUUGAGUCACCAGACUAUACUGAUGAGCUUUCUGUAACGCGUUAUGAAAACGUUAAUAAUGCAGAGUUUGGGGAUUCAUCAGUCGAGUGUGCUGUUUGUUUAUGCAGAAUUGACGAAGGGACUGAGGUUAGAGAGCUGAGAUGCAACCAUUUUUAUCACAGAGUUUGCUUAGAUAAAUGGGUACGACAUGGGCACAGGACUUGUCCACUCUGCCGGAAUAACCUAAAGCCACCUCAACUGGCGGCUGACCUCCACCACGCAAAGGCGAACUGGAAACUUGUUAACUUCCGCACCACCAGAUCAAGGUUACAGUGAGCCUAGUGCACGACCUGACAGUUUCGUACUGUUAAUGUUGUUUGUAAUGUUAAGGACGAAAUAUUAAUAAAAUCUGGCUUUGAUCCAAGUCUGAUUUGGUCGGAAAUAGUAAUAAAGUAAUUCCUCUCA